AUGGCAGAUUUGCAAAUAGAAGAGCCAGGCAUUGUAAUCGAUGGCAAUAUGGCAGAUGAACAACAAUAUAUGGAAAUCGAUCAAGAAGAAAUGAUGGACGACGUGAAGCCAAAGAAGACCGUGACGUUUACUGGCCUUGAAGAACUAGAAUCCGAAGAAGAUAGACGGGUUCGAGAGUUUGAAGAAGGAGGCGGUCUACCAGAACAGCCUUCUAACCCCGAUUUUUCUAAGUUGAACCCUUUGUCCCCAGAAAUUAUUAACAGACAGGCGACGAUUAAUAUCGGUACCAUAGGACAUGUUGCCCAUGGUAAGUCUACUGUUGUUAGAGCCAUUUCUGGUGUCCAAACUGUUCGUUUUAAGGACGAGUUGGAACGUAAUAUUACUAUUAAGUUGGGUUACGCUAAUGCUAAAAUCUAUAAGUGUGAGGAGCCUACAUGCCCUGAACCAGACUGCUAUAGGUCAUUCAAGUCUGACAAAGAGGUCUUUCCUAAAUGUGAGCGCCCAGGAUGUCCAGGGCGUUACAAGUUAGUGCGUCAUGUUUCAUUUGUUGACUGUCCAGGUCACGAUAUUUUAAUGAGUACUAUGUUGUCAGGUGCAGCAGUUAUGGAUGCAGCAUUAUUGCUUAUUGCAGGUAAUGAGUCUUGUCCUCAACCUCAGACCUCAGAGCAUUUAGCCGCAAUUGAAAUUAUGAAGUUAAAGCAUGUUAUCAUAUUGCAGAAUAAAGUCGAUUUGAUGAGAAAAGAAUCUGCAAUGGAGCACCAAAAGUCUAUAUUAAAGUUUAUUAGAGGUACAAUUGCUGAUGGUGCGCCAAUUGUUCCUAUCUCUGCCCAGUUGAAGUACAAUAUUGAUGCUGUCAACGAAUUUGUUGUUAAGACAAUCCCAGUUCCCCUAAGAGACUUUAUGGCAUCCCCACGCCUGAUUGUUAUCCGUUCUUUUGAUGUUAACAAGCCAGGUGCAGAGAUUGAUGAUCUGAAGGGUGGUGUUGCUGGUGGUUCUAUUUUGAACGGUGUCUUCAAGUUAGGAGACGAAAUAGAAAUUAGACCUGGUAUUGUUACAAAGGACGAGCAGGGUAAGAUCCAGUGCAAGCCUAUCUUCUCAAGUAUUGUAUCUCUGUUUGCAGAGCACAACGACUUAAAGUUUGCGGUACCUGGUGGUUUGAUAGGUGUUGGUACUAAGGUGGACCCAACAUUAUGUAGAGCAGAUCGUCUCGUUGGUCAAGUUGUUGGUGCCAAAGGUCACCUUCCAUCCAUCUACACGGAUAUUGAAAUAAACUACUUUUUGUUACGUCGUCUAUUAGGUGUCAAGACCGAUGGUCAAAAACAAGCAAAGGUGAGAAAGCUAGAGCCAAAUGAAGUGCUUAUGGUUAAUAUUGGGUCCACCGCUACCGGUGCUCGUGUUGUUGCGGUUAAAGCAGAUAUGGCAAGGUUACAACUAACCUCUCCAGCUUGUACUGAAAUUAAUGAAAAGAUUGCAUUGUCCAGACGUAUUGAGAAGCACUGGCGUUUGAUCGGUUGGGCUACUAUCAAGAAGGGUACCACUUUGGAACCAAUUGCUUAA